GUCGAUGAGCUCGAGUCAUUGUGACGGCGUUCACACUUCUUGAACCACAACCACAACCACCAACCAUGGCUAUGGAACGAUUGCGAAAGCAGUUUGCCAGUGACCCAUCGUUUUUGAACGAGGGGUCCAUGGGGCUCGUUGCUAGCGAGAGCAACCCCAGUGGAAGGUCCGGCCACAUUCCCGGAUACCCAGUUGGCAGUAUUUUCAAGAGCAGGAGAGACUGCGCCAAAGCCCGUGUUCAUGGCAUGAACGUCGCGGGCAUCCAUGGCUCCAAGCAUUAUGGAGCCUAUUCGAUUUGUAUGUCGGGGGGCUACGAGGAUGAUACAGAUGAGGGAGACUUUAUAAUCUACACGGGUACUGGUGGCCAGGUCGACUCUUACGGUGGUACCUCAAGCCAACAGCAAGACCAAAGCUUCAGCCACCCUGAUAACGCUGCGUUGGCUUUAAACUGCCAGAAUGGACGGCCUGUCCGUGUCGUGCGGGGUCCGAACUCUGAUUCGCCCUGGGCUCCUCACACUGGAUAUCGGUACGAUGGCUUGUACAAAGUCGAGAAGGCCUACUUGGCGAAAGGCAAGAGUGGAUAUGUUGUCUGUCGUUACGAACUUCGACGUCUCCCCGAUCAGCCUCCCAUCCCCCUCAAGUCAUCGAUUAAGCCAUUGUGAUUGAAAUGCAUAUUGCAUUUGAUCGACACACUGCUCACGCUCUGCUCUUAUCCAUUCAACGAUUCACCCAUGCUUUCGGUUCUGCGACUCUAUUUGGCUCUCACUUGUAUCAUUUAAUUAAUCUGCACAGUUUCUUUGGCCGAUGCCCCAAUUGCAAUGUUUUACGUUUCA